CCGGUACAACACACGCUCUCACACACUGUCCAGGUGACUUGGGGUUGUGACAGAUGGAGCUGCGGGUUGGAGCGCUGCUGGCCGUCGGGAUUGUGCUGGGGUCGCUGGAAGGAAUCUCCUGCUUGGUGCCACUCAGUGACUUUUACCCAUUCGGGGUGGAGAACGGGGACUCGGUCAAUGCUAAGGUGGACGAUGGAGGAUCCGGGCUGCUGGAGAUCUCACACAGCUUUCCCUUCUUUGGAGAGAGGCACUCCGGGCUUUACGUGAAUAAUAAUGGGAUCAUCUCAUUUCUGAAGGAAGUCUCCCAGUUCACUCCGGUGGCAUUUCCGAUCUCUAAUGACCGACGAGUGGUGGCAGCCUUCUGGGCAGAUGUCGAUAAUCGUAGGGCUGGAGAUGUCUUCUACAGAGAAACCAAGGAUCCUGCUAUCCUUCAGUCUGCGACUAACGACAUCAGAAAGUAUUUUCCAGAGCACAAGGAAUUCACCACCCAGUGGGCGUUCGUAGCCACCUGGUACAAAGUGACAUUCUUUGGAGGAAGCUCGUUUUCACCGGUCAACACCUUCCAAAUCGUCCUGGUUACAGAUGGAGAAGCCUCCUUCACUAUCUUCAACUAUGAAAAUAUCACCUGGACGACGGGAAUGCAUGCCAGCAGUGGAGGGGAUUUUGCUGGACUCGGAGGCAUUGCUGCCCAGGCAGGUUUCAAUGCUGGAGAUGGAAAACGUUACUUCAAUAUUCCUGGUUCACGCACAGACGACAUUGUGGAUGUCGAAACGACAACCAAUGUGGGUCUUCCUGGCCGUUGGGUAUUCCGGAUCCACGAUGCCUACGUUGAGGUUGGUGGCUGCAACGACUCAGCCUCAGUGUGUUUGAAUCUGCGGCCAUGUCUGAACGAUGGAAAGUGCAUCGAUGACUGCAUCACUGGAAAUCCUUCUUAUACCUGUUCCUGUCGAGCGGGGUUCACGGGCCGGAGGUGUCAGAUAGACAUUGACGAGUGCGCUUCAUACCCGUGUCGCAAUGGCGGGACGUGCUUGGAUGGUCAGAAUGCCUUUGCUUGCCAGUGCAGUGCUGGAUACACAGGAGUGCUCUGUGAAACAGAUAUCAAUGACUGUUCAUCAAAUCUCUGUCAGAAUGGAGGUACUUGCAUUGAUGGAAUUAGUGCAUAUAGCUGCCAGUGCACGUUUGGCUUUUCUGGGAAGCACUGUGAGAUUGCUGACUCCCCGUGCAAAAGUAAAGAGUGCCAAAAUGGCGGUGUGUGUGAGGUGAACAAUGGAACGGCAGUGUGCAUCUGUCAGAAGGGCUACACUGGAGAGAGUUGUGAAAAUGAAACUGACGAAUGUGGCUCUAACCCAUGCCUGAAUGGGGGAGAGUGUAUUGACUUGGUUGAUAAUUACACCUGCCUGUGCCCCCCGCCAUUCUCAGGAAGACACUGCGAGACAGGUGAGCCUGAGCCCCCCGCUUUAAACACCUGUCAGCCAAACCCGUGUCUGAAUGGGGGGAGCUGCAAUGAGACUGAAGACGGCUACUUGUGCAACUGUCCUGAGGGAUUUACAGGCCAUGACUGUGAGAAUGAGGUUCUCCAGCCUUGCAGUGCCCACCACCAGUGUCCCCACGGUGGUUCCUGUGCUGAAUACGGAGGAACAUAUCGCUGCAUCUGCCCGCAGGGUCCCAGUGGGAGAGAGUUUAUCCCAUCCCCCUGCGAGUCGGACCCCUGUCAAAGAGGAGGGACUUGCAAGGAACUGGAUGGCUCUUAUACCUGUCAGUGUCCACCAGGCUUCAGUGGGAAGCACUGUGAAAAAGAAAGACUCCGCUCCUGUGCAUCCAAUCCAUGUCGGAAUGGUGGAACCUGCAGAGAGGCCCCUGGAGGAACUUAUCAAUGUACCUGUUUGUAUCGAUUCACUGGCAAGAACUGUGAAACUGGAAAGCCAGACCCUUGUUCUUCCAGCCCUUGCCAAAACGGUGGCACCUGUUUCCAUUACAUUGGAAAAUACAAGUGUGAGUGCCCCAGGGGAUUCACCGGACGGCACUGUGAUACAGAAGUGGACUGUGGAAUCCCCAGUGAAGUGAAGCAUGCUGAGCUCCUCAUCUCUUCGACCAAAUAUAGCUCAGUCGCUCAGUACAUUUGUGAAGCAGGAUUCACAGUGCAGCCCAGUACAGGGGAGAGUACCUGCCAACUGGAUGGAAGAUGGAGUGAAGCACCGAUCUGUGAGGAAAUCAAUGAAUGCUCCUCGCAGCCCUGUUUGAAUGGUGGGACCUGCAAGGAUGAGAUCAACAGUUUUGUGUGCGAGUGUCAGAAAGCAUUCGCUGGAACACUUUGUGAGUCGGCUGUGAAUCCCUGCCGCCUCAACCCCUGUGGUACUCGUGGUUUCUGUCGGAGUGUGAAUGGGUCGUACGUCUGCACUUGUAAAGUUGGAUACUCUGGCAAACACUGUAACACAGAGCUCGCUCCACCUAGCGAGCUGAAGGUGGAGAAAUCAGAAGAAACUGAGAUUGAAAUCUCAUGGCAAGCUCCGGGAGCCGGUGGUACGCAGGACUUGAUUGAUGGCUUCGCAGUGACUUACAUGUCGUACAACGGGGAAAUGCGUAAGACUGACUUUGUAGACAAGAGCAGGUCACGCCAUCUGCUGAGAUCACUGUCACCGGGAAGACUUUACAACAUCUCCAUUUUCUCAGUGAAGCGGAACGUCAAUCAAAAUGACAUCAGCAAACCGGCUCUGCUCCACGUGUGGACAAAACCUGGCCCUGUUGGAAACUUGUCUGCAGUAAAUGUCUCUGCUUCCAGUAUAUCCGUCUCCUGGUUUUUGUACAGUCCGAAACAGGCAGCAGAAAGCACAAUUCGAUUAUCCCUUAAGUCUUCCGACAUGGUUAGAGAUUCAACGGUUACACUGAGUUCUAAUCUCACAAAGUACACCUUCAGUGACCUUUCUCCAGGAAAACUCUACACUGUGGAAGCUGUACCACAGAUGGGUCUCAAUGGUCAGGAGCACCCCUGGAGGGGUAUAGCAACACAAUCUCUGCGUGUGUGGACACGACCACUCCCUCCUCAGAAUCUCGUACUGCUGAGGGUCACAACAACGACAGCAAAUCUUCACUGGAAGAACCCCCCAGAUGGCUCAACUGAUGGCUUCGUCCUGAAUAUCACAACCAGCCACAACGUGAAAAGCCGCUACCUUCCCGACGGAAAGUUAACUGCCUACACCCUCCACGACCUGGACAUGGGGCGAAGGUACAAGCUGGCACUAAUGAGGGUGCAGGACACGGAGAGUGGGAAGCUGGUUAGUGAUCCAGCCCAUCUGACCUUCAGCACACUGGGAAUCCAUGGAAGCGCAAGUCAAAGAGAAGGGCAAGGAAUUGGCAAGACCAACUUGGACCCCAUUGAUGCAGGCGUAUAUGAUAACCUGCUACACAUCACGGCACAGCCUGAUGAGGAGGCAGAAGUCAGCAACAGGAGCUAUGAAGACAAUUCCCAUGCCAUAAGAUACUCAGAAAUGCAGGAUGGAAGAGGGAGAAUCAGUGCCACGUUUGUAAAUCUGCAGCCCAAGCCAAUCACACACCGAGCAUCUCCAGAGCCUCCAAUCCAACUGGAAAACUUGGAGGAAUCUACAAACCGAAUCAGUCUGCCCUUUGAGAUCCAGGAGCCUGAGACCAAUGCUAAGCCUGAGACAAAAAGUGAGCUUGAUGAACUUGAGGAAUGUUCCUCCAACCCCUGUAAAAAUGGAGGUACCUGCGUGAAGGGAAUAAACUCGUAUAUGUGCGACUGUGAAAAGGGAUUCAAGGGGAAAAACUGUGAAUUGUUGUGCAAGAAACUGCCACACCCUUGCACACGCCUAUACUCUGAAACAAAAUCUAUUCCAGUGUGGGAGGACAGUGUUUUCCAAUUUACGUAUAGGAGAAUUUAUAAAGUUCACCAGGAUACCUGCUACAAAGAAGUUUGUGAGCCUCUAAUACACAGAACACCCAGAAACAGAAGGUUAUUCAGACAUUAACUAAUUACUGGAUCUACUAGCUGAUGUGUGGAAGGAGAACACAAGUCCGAAGACAUCGGAAGGAUGGUGCUAGUUAAUCCACCACAAGUUAACGCAUUGUAAAGACGGGGCCACCCAUUGGAGAGUCAGCCAAGAUGUCUUAGUGUUGCUUUGUUCAUUUUGAGGGAGUCAAAGUCCAAAAAGCUAGGACAGUUGAAAUCUGAUCAACACAUAAUUUACUGAAGAAGAAUGCGUGUGUGGAAGGAAGGGAGGCGAGAGCAGACGCACACAACUCUUACAUGUCCUUCUGUUCAAGCAGAGAGGGGUGAAUGAUUGAGUGAAUUAAUGCUUGUAGUACAAGGGUGCCCAUGAGUAUGAAUGUGCCUGUGUAUAAACAACUGUCUGUCUGCAGUGUAUAAAUUCUUCAAGCUGGGAAACAAGAUUGCCGGGAAUUUGAAUUGCAUUGUCCUGAUGAUAGCAUUGUGCAGACUUCAAUCAGAUAAAUGUGGCUCCAACAUAUUGUGUAGAGUACAGAGUCCCCUAGACUGCCUGAAAGCGUGCUUAAACCCUGCCUCUCAUGCUAUACCAUUGUGGCUUUUCCAUUUGUGUUACGCUUGUGCUAGUUAGUAAUUAAAAUAUUACAACAUUUCUUUGGCAUGCACUUAUCACUUAUUUACUGACAUCAGGGUUGAGAGUGCCUAUACUGACAUCAUCAAAGAUUCACAGGAUCUGGUAAAGCCAACUCUUAGACCCUUCUCCCUUAGAAGGUACUACUAAGGGGAAACCUGUGUACCGUGGUCCUAUGCCUGACAGCACAACAUGUAUCAAAGUUGUGUUUUAUUCUAUUGGAUAAAGACUUCACUGUUGAGCCUUAGCUGUUAACAUCAUAGGAACUGUCCACUUGGUCCUCUGUAGUUCUAUUAUCUCUGUCAAGACCAUGCAGAAGUAACUCACUGCAUACCUGUCUCUUCACGUAACCCCUUAUUAUUGCUCGUUCCUUUUUCAGACUCUCCCUAGGUCAAUAUAUUCCAUACUCUGAAAUGUUUUCUGCAUAAAAAAGUUUCAUGACUUCCCUCCUCCUUCAAUGAAGUUGAUCUCUUGAUAGGGACUCCACACUCAAACAAUGUGUUUCCACACUCGCUGCCAGACCCAUUCAGUACAUUGAAAGCUUCAAUCAAACCUCAUCUGAAAGAGUUAGCUUGUUCCUGUUCAUAUGAGCUGGGUUAGAACAAUUGAAAGUUUCUAAUCUGUCCAGUACCACAUGAAAAGGGGAGGCCUUCUUGGAGUAAGAGCUGCAGUGUUGACAUUUUUAAUGGCAGUUCACCCUUGCCAGCACGUAUGAUCAAUCCUUGAAAUGUGACACAUUAUUACAGCAAACAUAUCAUCAGGCUUUCUAUCAUUGGAAUUUCUUUAUUUACUUAAUAGAUUCUAGAGAUAUUAAUUCUCAUUAGAUUGCGGAGGUGAUUGGGUAAAUGUGUGCAGUCUUCUUUCAGUUGGAAAUAGUGAAAUUAUCUCUUUGCUAUUGAUUCCUCCAUUAAAGAUAACAGAGCAGAUCUCUGAGUUUAACAGCAUGAAACAUUAUGAUCAAAUAUUUCUCCAAAUUUCACUGGACCAUUGCUUCCUGGGCCAUUGGAGUCCAGUGUGAUUUGAAGCAAACAGGUUAUUUUGUAGAAAUGAGGGAAAAGAUUUUCAACUUGGUGUCCAAUUUUUAUAGGAACUACAAAUUCCAUUCCUGUUAGUUUCAAAUAAUUUUGACUUUAUAGUAUUUUGAUAUUGAUGAACUCUGUAGCAAGAUGGUAUGUGUGCUUUUACCUCCAAUCUUUUCUCAUUUUCACCUUCCUUUCCUUCCACCAACACAUCCAACAUGCAUACCUAGUAUUCAUUAAAGCACUGUGUCACAGUUUUGAAUCAUUUCAUUUAAACAUAACGAUAAUAAAAUCAAUUGGCGCAUCUAUAUUUGGAUCUGCUCGGCUCCAUAAGAUGAAUUUUGCCAAUAUUAAUCUAAUGAAAAGUGAGCUGGAUUUCUUUAAAUAGGAAUUCCACAAUUGUCAGCUUACUUCCAAAUCUGUUAGAGGAAUGGUUGUUGUGAGACUGGCGUAAAUUGAAUCUGCUUGAAAUUAAAUGAGACUCCUCCAAAAAUAAUUUUUGGUCAGAAAUUUCUGGAAAAUGCUGGAGCGGCCACAGAAAAUACAUUUCUGCCAAUCAUGAAAAAUCAGUAAAUUCAGGGUGAAAUAAGGAAUUGACCCAGAAAGGAGCUGAGGCCUGGGCCAGAUCAGCCAUGGCUAUAGCGAAUGGUGGGGCAGGUUUGAGUGGCCUGGUGACCUAUUCCUGCUCCUUGUGUCCUUGUGUGCCAGCUAACUUGAAUGGAUACAUCACCACUUGUUGUCUUGACUUUGCAAGAGCAUUUGACACAGGGCUGCUUGCUCUAAGCAUUUACCAGACGGAAUGGGAAGGUGCAAAGAACGAGAAGAAGAUUCAGUGGUUUUGCAAUGUGACUUGUGAAGCAGUGUUGCUGAAACAGAUCCAAUCAGAUGCACAGACAGGUGGCUAUAAUGCAAGCUCAAAAUAACUGCUGGACACGCUAACAAUGGGAAGGGAGUUAGGACUGCACAAAGAAUCAAUUCAGACAAUUUUCACAAGGCACUCUUGAAAAACUUGCCUCAUGGAUUUGUAAGAACCUGAUAGAAGUUCCUUCUUGUAUCUAUCAAGCCAUACAGCAUGUAAAUCAUUCCUUCAGCCCAUUGACUCUAUGGCAACCAUCAACCAGUCAUUUUACAUUAAUCCUACCCUAACCUACUUUAUCACAAACAAGAGAAAAUCUGCAGAUGCUCAAAAUCCAAGCACUAGCCCCCUUUAUUCUAUCUACAUUCCCACCAAGUCAUCGAAAACUUUGCCACAUACCUACAUUAUAUGGAGAAUUUACACUGGUCAAUUAACACACAAACCUUCGCAGCUUUGAAAUGUGGGAGGAAAUUCGAGCACCUGUAACAAACUCACAUGGUCACAGAGAAAACGUGCAAACUCCAAACAGAGAGCACAAGAAUUCAGGACCAAGCGCAGCUCCCUGAAGUCUACCAGCUGUACGACUGAGCUGCUGUAUCUUUGAAGAAACUAUUGCAAUGUACAACCACUUCAUUGGAAGCUGCUGCAAACCCUUAACCGAGGAACAAAGAAGGACCAGGUUCCAUUGCUUCCAUGGAAACACACACUGUGUCUGGCUACAGAAGUGAAGUGAAGUAAUAUCACCGUCUACCGUACAUGAAGGUGACCCAUCACAAUUCAAUUACUACCAUUAAACAAACUAUCGUCAGUAUAUGUAGACCAACAUGGGUGUCAGUUGCUCUUCCUGUCACUGUCAUUUUGCAGUGUUUUAGGUAUUAGGUCUUCAGUCUUCUUUCUCAGGGCAUCACAUACGCAGCAAGCCCAGAGAUACAGUGAUCAAGACUUUGUCAGCAGCCUGCUCAGAAAGCAGAGUAUCCCCGCUUCUAAUCAGUUAAACCUUGUACUGAUAUGAAGCAGGAGCAGCCAAUAUCCUUGACUCUUCAACUGAACCUCGGAGUUGCUGGAUUGAAGAAUAGGUUUGACUAAUUUCCUUAGACAUGCGCACAAGCUGUAGUUUGUUAUUCUUUGUUACUCUCUGAGGAAAGAUUUUAGGCUGAUAUAUUCAUAAAUAGCACGUGAUUAUACUUUUCCUGGUUUGAAGAAGUAUUUCUCUGUGUGUAUGUGACAAGAGGAAGAUGGAGGAAGUAAACAUUAGUUACCUACAAAUCAUAAGUGCACAAUGUCAGGAUUCGGCAGAAGUAUGUGCCAUUCACUGCAAGCUAUGUAGAACUGGUAGUCUGGAUGGUCAAUUCUGCAUCAUCCUGCAUUGACUUAUUAUUUGAUGUUUCUCCCCACCGUUCAGUGAGCUCUCGUCUCAUCAUUUGUUUUGUGUGCAUCCAGAAAGUGUCCGUCAACUUUUCAACAAUUAGAAUCUCCACAGAUUAUUCUUCACAAACACGUGAAGGUCUGCAGAUGCUGGAAGUCGAAAGUGAUACAGACAAAAUGCUGGAGGAACUCAGCAGGCAAGGCAGCAUCUAUGGAAAUGAGUAGACAGUGAACGUUUCAGGCUAAGACCCUUCACCAGGUCCUGACAAGAGGAAGAUGGAGGAAUUAAACAUUACUUACCUACAAACCAUAAGGGCACAAUGUCAGGAUUUCACAUACGUAUGUGCCAUUCACUGCAAGCUAUGUAGUACUGGUAGUCUGGAUGGUCAGUCUUUUCCUGGCCUGCUGAGUUCCUCCAGUAUUUUGUCUGUGUUGCUACAGAUUAUUUUUAUCUUGUCUUCAUUUCAAGAUCUGGAUUUAAAUAUUUGGCAAAAUUAAUUACAGCUGAAUUUUCUCUCCUCCCCUUCCCCUAGUUUGAGACUUUAGCGUGUGUAUUUAUCAUCAUUGACAGGCCAUAUCCAGCAAGGUCUGGGAGGUGUAUGGACAUGAGUGCAGGGUUUAAUGCUGCAUUUUUGGUGUGAAUGUCAGUUAAAAUGCUGAAGUUGACUACAAAGCUAGGGUUAUUUUAUCUCCACAUGAAACAUUUAGAAAACAUGAGUAAGCUAAUUUUGUUACAUGAUUUACUUUGUGAGCAGUGUAAUCCAUUGCUUGUGUCAACAAAAUCUAUCUGAGCUUGUUUUGGGUAAUGUUGGCACUAUCUUAGCACUCUUCCCAGUUUUGCAGUGUCUAGACUAUCUAACGGUCAGCCCCAUUAACGUCCAUACCAUGAGUUGUAUAAACAGAUCCUAACAGGCUGGUCUCUAGAUUGGUCCUGGAUGACAAGGAACCUCCAACAGUUCAAUAUUGGAUCCACCAUCUAUUGUCCUGCCUAUCCCCAGGUUCCAAGUAGUUCAUCACUGUAGCCCAUGUACUAACAUUCUCCCAGGAAUCCAAACCAAUCUUGUCUGGAGAUCUUGGACUAUGGGUUGGACCCAUACUGUACAAGCACAUUUAUUCUCUUAGUUGUAAAUUAUUUCUAGGCUCUGUUUACAAUUUUAAGUGGCCUGAUUACAUACUCCUGGUGAAACUUGUCUUUCCCUUUGGAAAUCAGUUCCAUCACUCAGUCCUCACCCUCUUGUCAUUAUGUGGAGAAAAUGCAUCAUUAUUUUUUGUUGCUACCAUUUCUUUUUUUUUAAUCUGUGAAGUGCCUUUCUUUGUUCAAUAUUAAAUAUUGUGGUUGUUGCAUUGUAGUUCAGCUGUACUGAAUAGUUUAACUGAAAAUAAAGCCAUUGUG